AUGAAGUGGCUUGGGGUUCUCUGGCUUGUGACCCUCUCAGAAUGCUUGGUCAAAAUCCCUCUGAUGAAGAUUAAGUCCAUGAGAGAAAACCUUCGGGAAAGCCACAUGCUGAAGGAUUACCUGGAGAAGUACCCUCGUAGCCGGGCUCACGUGCUUCUAGAGCAGCGCCGGAACCCAGCAGUAACUUAUGAGCCCAUGAGGAACUACCUAGACCUGGUCUACAUUGGCAUCAUCAGCAUCGGCACGCCCCCUCAGGAGUUCAAGGUCGUCUUGGAUACUGGUUCUGCCUACCUGUGGGUACCAUCCAUCUACUGCUCCAGCCCAGCCUGUGCUCACCACAAGGUCUUCAACCCUCUGCGAUCUUCCACUUUCCUGGUCUCGGGCCGACCUGUGAACGUCGCCUAUGGUUCAGGAGAGAUGUCGGGAUUUCUUGCCUAUGACACUGUCAAGAUUGGGGACCUCAUGGUUGUGGCCCAGGCAUUUGGCCUGAGCCUGGAGGAACCAGGCACUUUCAUGGAAUAUGCGGUCUUUGAUGGUAUCCUGGGGCUGGGCUACCCUGACCUUAGCCUUCAGGGAGUCCUGCCUGUCUUUGACAACAUCUGGAUGCAAGGCCUCAUCCCCCAGAAUCUCUUUGCCUUCUACUUGAGCAGCAAGGAUGAGAAGGGCAGCAUGCUGAUGCUAGGUGGAGUGGACCCCGCCUACUACAGCGGAGACCUUCACUGGGUGCCUGUGUCCAAGCCCAGCUACUGGCAGUUAGCUCUGGACAGCAUCUCCAUGAAUGGAGUAGUGAUUGCCUGUGAAGGUGGCUGCCAAGGUAUCAUGGACACAGGCACCUCCUUGCUGACUGGCCCCCAAAACUCGAUCCUUAAAAUUCAGAAUCUCAUUGGUGCCAAGGCCACUAGUGAUAACGAGUACAUUCUCAAGUGUGACACCAUCAACACCCUACCUGACAUUGUCUUCACCAUCAGUGGUGUUACCUACCCAGUGCCAGCCAGUGCCUACACCCGGAAGGACCAUUCACACAACUGCUAUAGCAACUUUGAAGAAGGCAUAAACGACUCUUCGGACCCUGAGAUGUGGGUGCUGGGGGAUGUUUUCCUAAGGCUGUAUUUCACAGUGUUUGAUCGGGCAAAUAACAGGAUUGGGCUGGCUCCUGCUGUGUGA